GCACACCGCUACGGUAGUUCCGGCAAAUGUCCGCUUGACGUCCGCUGCAGCCAGGACAGAAACCGAGAAAGGGAUUAGCGAUACACCACGGCACCACGGGACAUCGUCGGCGAAAUCUCCGUUAAUAUUUAAAAGCCUACCGGAAUUCGGAACCGGCUCUGAACAGGGCACAAUCGUGACACUUACGCUAUUGGAGGUCCAGGGAUGAACUGAGGAUGAAUGUGAACCAGCAGACUCCCAUGGCAUCUCCGUACGGCCAGCCCCAGCCUGGCUAUGGCCAGCCCAGCUACGCACCCCUGGGAGGGGGCUACCCCACACCCUAUGCCCCCUACAACGGCCCUGCAUCAGCCUACCAGCAUGGAGCUCCACCUCAAGGUUACUCCCCUUAUGCAAGCUUCCCCUCUAAGGCUGUGGCAGCAAACCCAGUCUCUGACCUGUCCUCUCCUGUUGACCUAGGUCCUACCAGGGCCCCCCCUACUUCUGCCCCCCCAGCCGUGUCCUCCUCCCAGGGCUACUCCCAGUACAGUCAGGGGGACAUCCAGAAUGGCCCACCUCCUGUGGCCCAGCCCAUGCAAAGGCCUGCUGUUUCUCAGCCAUACACACCGGGGGCUAUGAACCUGUCUGGGCCACACCCCUCCUACCCCCAGCAGUAUGCAGCCCCGCCCAACAUGCAGCAAGUCACCAAUCAGAUGACUGGGAUGCAGAUUGGGCCAGGCCCCCCCCCCACACCUGCUGGGCCUGGAUAUGCUCCGCCUCCAAUCAGUGCGGCCUAUUCAGUUGCAGCUCCUCCCUCCUACACCCAAGGCCCGCCCCCUGUGUCAGCAGUCCCACCCCAGCCCCCCCCCCACAGUGAGGCCAACGCCCCCCAGCCUUAUUACGGAGGCCCCCCUCCCCCCCAGCAGACCUUCCCCCCCUCCUUCUCCUCUGCCGGCCCCCCCAGCCAGGCCCCAGGACAGCAUCAGUCCUUCCCCUCUGGCCCCCCUCCCGUCCCCCAGUCCACCUACACCGGCCCACCCCCUCAUACUGCCCAGACCUCCUUCCCUCCCCCCCUGUCCUCACAGGCCAGCUCCUUCCCUCCCACGGCCCCCCCCAGCACAGCCCCACCAGCUCAGUACCCAGGCCCCAUGCCGCCCCCGGGACCUCCAUCCCAGCCACCUUUCCAGUCUGGACCCCCUCCUCAAACCCAGCUACCUCCCACCUCCAUGGCCCAGGCCAACCACCUGCCUCCCGGCCCCCCAGGGGCCAUGCAGCAGCCCCCACCACAGUCUGGAAUGCAGGGAGGGUACCCCCCCCAACAGAACGGUGCGUUUGGCCAGGUGAGGGGGCCCCAGUACCCUGGACAGCCCAGCUACGGGGGCCCGGCCCCUGCUCCCGCUCCUGCUGCCCCCUCUCAGAAGAGACUAGACCCUGACUCCAUCCCCAGCCCGAUCCAGGUGAUUGAGGACGACAAGGCAAAGACCAGCGAACCCUUCACCACAGGGGUCAGGGGUCAAGCCCCGCCCCUGGUCACCACCAACUUCCAGGUCAAAGAUCAAGGUAACGCCAGCCCUCGGUUCGUCCGCUGCACGGCCUACAACAUGCCCUGCACAGCAGAUAUGGCCAGGCAGUCCCAGGUGCCCAUGGCGGCCGUCAUCAAGCCCCUGGCCACCCUGCCCCCCGACGAGACCCCUCCGUACAUCGUGGACCACGGGGAGGGAGGUCCUAUCCGCUGUAACCGCUGCAAGGCCUACAUGUGUCCCUACAUGCAGUUCAUCGAGGGAGGACGCCGCUUCCAGUGUGGCUUCUGCAGCUGUGUCACAGAUGUGCCUCCUCAUUACUUUCAGCAUCUGGACCAUACAGGGAAGAGGGUGGACUGCUAUGACCGCCCAGAGCUGUCCGCGGGCAGUUACGAGUUCCUGGCCACUGUGGACUACUGUAAGAACAACAAGCUCCCUCAGCCUCCAGCCUACAUCUUCCUGAUAGACGUGUCCUACAAUGCUGUCAAGAGCGGCAUGGUCAACAUCGUCUGUCAGGAGCUCAAGACCCUGCUGGACUACCUUCCCAGGGAGAACCCUGAUGCAGACUCGGAGGUGCGUGUGGGCUUCAUCACCUACAACAAGGUGCUGCACUUCUACAACGUCAAGUCCAGCCUGGCUCAGCCCCAGAUGCUGGUGGUGUCAGAUGUGGCCGACAUGUUCCUGCCUCUGCUGGACGGCUUCCUGGUCAACGUCAGCGAGAGCAGGGUGGUCAUCGAGAGUUUGCUGGAGCAGAUCCCAGAGAUGUUUGCAGACACAAGGGAGACAGAGACGGUGUUUGGACCUGUCAUCCAGGCUGGGCUGGAGGCCCUGAAGGCUGCAGACUGUGCUGGGAAGCUGUUUGUGUUCCACACCUCCCUGCCCAUCGCCGAGGCGCCUGGGAAGCUGAAGAAUCGGGAGGACAAGAAGCUGGUGGGCACCGACAAGGAGAAGUCUCUGUUCCAGCCCCAGGUGGGUUUCUACGGAAGCCUGGCUAAGGAGUGUGUGGCCCAGGGCUGCUGUGUGGACCUCUUCCUCUUCCCCAACCAGUAUGUGGACGUGGCCACGCUGGGGGUGGUCCCCGUCUCUACAGGGGGCUCCAUUUACAAAUACACCUAUUUCCAGGCACAGGCAGACAGUGAGCGGUUCCUGAACGACCUGAGGAGAGAUGUACAGAAGCCUAUGGGUUUUGAUGCUGUAAUGAGGGUUCGCACCAGCACAGGCAUCAGAGCGACAGACUUCUUCGGCUCGUUCUACAUGAGCAACACCACCGACGUGGAGCUGGCCGGCCUGGACUGUGACAAGACCGUCACCGUGGAGUUCCGCCACGACGACAAGCUCAGCGAGGAGACGGGCGCCCUCAUGCAGUGUGCGGUGCUGUACACCAGCUGCAGCGGUCAGCGUCGCCUGCGCGUCCACAACAUGGCGGUGAACUGCUGCUCCCAGCUAGCUGACCUGUACCGCAACUGUGAGACGGACACCAUCAUCAACUACUUCUCCAAAUACGCGUACCGCAGCGUGUUGACCACUCCCACCAAGACGGUGAGAGACACCCUGGUGAACCAGUGUGCCCAGAUCCUGGCCUGCUACCGCAAGAACUGUGCCAGCCCCUCCUCUGCAGGACAGCUGAUCCUUCCAGAGUGUAUGAAGCUGCUGCCCGUGUAUCUGAACUGCGUGCUGAAGAGCGACAUGCUGCUGCCGGGCGGGGACGUGUCCCUGGACGACCGCGCCUACCUGCGCCAGCUGCUCAGCUGCAUGGACGUGGCCGAGAGCCACCUGUUCUUCUACCCCCGCCUGCUGCCCCUGGUGAAGCUGGAAGGGGAUUCGUUGCCUGUGGCGGUGAGGAACUCGGAGGAGCGCCUCUCUAAGGGUGGAGUCUACCUCCUGGAGACAGGGCUCCACCUCUUCCUGUGGGUGGGAGCCAAUGCCCAGCAAGAACUGCUGCUCAACAUCUUUGGCACGCCCACCUUCAGCCAGAUAGACCCCAACAUGACAAGCCUGCCCAUCCUGGACAACCCCUUCUCUCAGAGGCUUAGAGAGAUUGUUGAAUCUUUUAGAGCUCAGAGAUCCAGAUAUAUGAAGUUGAUGGUGGUGAAACAGGAGGACAAGGCAGAGCUGAUCUUCAAACACUUCCUGGUUGAGGACAAGAGCGGGAGCGGCGGAGCCUCAUAUGUGGACUUCCUGUGUCACAUGCACAAGGAGAUCCGGCAGCUGCUCAGCUAGGACUUCACCCCUGAACCCCACCCCCCCCCCCCCCCCCCCCGUGAUCUUCACCCUCCUCCUGAACCCCCGUCACCUUUCACCCCCCCUCCCCGAAGCGCUUUAUCUUUUAUUUACCUAAUAAACUAAACCCCCCCCUCUCCCUCAGCCAAGGGCCAGAGACAUAACACAGCCGACUGACUGGCAGGGUCCGUGUGUGUGUGUGUGUCAGAGAGGUAUUGGUUCAAAAGCCUGGACUCUUCUCCAGGUGUAGCUCUAAGCACAGCUUGGGCUCACCUUAUGGCUAUUGGGAAGACCUAGACUAAGUGAUGUGUGUGUGUGUGUUUGUAUGUGAGUGAGUGACUGAGUGAGUGACUGAGUGACUGACUGAGUGACUGACUGAGUGACUGACUGAGUGAGGGAGAGGGCUGAUGUUGAUUGUAGUAGGUGUGCUGUCUGUAACACUAGCACUGAAGGCUGUUGUGUGUAAGCAACCCAGUGAUAGAGACUCAGACUCUUUUUGUAUGAUUCAAACCCAGUAGACUCGAGGAAGAUUAAAACAAGACAAAUAUGAAAUGAAAUAAUAAAUGCUGUUUUUUUGUUUUUUUUUCCCCCCCAUCUCUAAAAUUAUUUUUCUAUUUGUCUCUUUCUCCCUUUCUGAGUCAUGGCCUUACUGUCUGGUUCCUGUUUCACUUCUCACAUUGUGUCUGUGUGUGUUCUGUUCUGUUUCCUCAUAUGUGAUGGUCUGUGCCAGCCUGGCCUCAUUCUCAGACCUAGGUUGGACCCAUUUCUUAAAGAAUAUUUUGAGAUUCUUCAACGAAAUGAGCUUAGCUGGUCUUGAUGUGUGUCUGAGGCUUACCUGGUAGACGGGUGUGUUUGAGGAGCUGUUGACACGGGGCAUGUAGAUGAAACUGAAAUAUCAGAGAAACUCCCAACAGAUGUCUAUGCAACCUUUUACACAGACACCCACGCAUACAGAAAUCAGACUGAACUUUAACCUCUGACAUCACAGGGUUAGGGUCUUUCCUCAGGGUUAUGUGAAUGUCAGCUGCACUUUGGUGGGAACACACACACACAUGUUUCUGUGUGGUGAUGGAAGCUUCUUCAACUGAGGCUUCAAACACACAGAGAGCGACAGGAGAGAAGAGCAACAGGUGAGAGAUGAUCCAAGAGGAGUCUCAGUACUGAUAAUGAAGCAUUUCUCUGGGUUGCCCCCUUGUUGCUUACUGUGUCGGCCCUAGAACACAUAACCUGUACAGAAAUAAACGUUUUAAAGUCCUUCCUGAACAACUCUGGUUUGGCUGAAGUAUCCUUAGUGUAUAUGUACAUGCACUCACAAACAAACAGUCCAAGUGUUGACUUUUAGACUUCUCUUUGUGUUUGCCUGCAGAUCUGAGGAACUGUGUGUGUGUGUGUGUUUUCAAGGGUCCUGGUGAAUUUCUCCUAAGGAACAGAAGGAUCAGUCAACAUACACACAGAAUAAUAUUCCUUUCAAUAUAUUCUUUUUAAUUUCUUCCAUUCAUUUAUAAUUUCCAUGUUUGAAUCUUCUGUGUUAUUGCAUAUUGUGUGUCCAUCUUACAGCUUGUGUGUGAUUGGCUCAUUGUCUUGACUUUUUCCGUUUUCAUCUUUUUCUUUAUUUGGGGUUUUGUCUUUGCCUCCUGGACUGCUAAUAAAAAUGAAUGUUGAAAC